UUUGACAAUGUUGAAGGAUUAGUAAAAAAGAAGACAAUUAAAUAUGGCGCAAAAGAUGGAGGAGCCACGCUCAACUUCUUCAAAGUAGGAUAGCAAUUACCCUGUAUACCAGGAAAUGUACCAAACCAUGAUAGCCAAUAGAAAGGACGUACUCGUAUCGGAUAAUAAAGACGGUAUAGUGAAGGCCGAAAAUCAAGACUACGCUUUUUUGAUGGAAUCUGCUUCAAUCGAAUAUGAGAUAGAGCGACAUUGCGAUCUCACACAAAUCGGUGGCCUCCUAGACGAGAAGGGGUACGGAAUUGCAAUAAAAAAAAACUCGAAAUAUCUACACAGUAUUAACAAAGCUGUCUUACAACUAUCAGAAGGUGGUGCCAUUCAGGAAAUCAAGAAAAAAUGGUGGACGCAAAAGAGAGGCGGAGGUAAAUGCCAGGAAAGUAGUGGAUCCAGUACAGCGGAGGCACUUGAUCUCGAUAAUGUGGGUGGAGUAUUUUUAGUACUGACCAUAGGAAUCGCCUUAUCCUGCGUGUACACUAUAUUCGAAUUGUGUUGGGAUGUUGCCCAAACAUCUAUUCGAGAAAAUGUGCCCUUUAAGCAGGAAUUAAUAAACGAACUGAAAUUUAUCGCAAAAUGCAGUGGCUCUAAACCGGCACGAAGAAAAAGUGGAUUGUCCAGCAAAAGUGAAAAUGGUAGUACAAGGGAAUGUACUCCUCCGUACGGUUUUAUACCAACUGUAAUAAGAACGUCACCAACUAACGACAAAUAAUGACGGAACAAAUCUCGAACAAUAAGACGACUAUUGUUCUCACAGAUUUACUACUUUGUUAUUCAUAAUGGCUCCAAAUGUCGAAUUGAAUCAUUAAAUUAAAAUGAACUACAUCGAAAAUAGUUUGAGAGCACUUGUGUACUAUAAUAAAUAAAAGAAUUAUAAGAGAUAUAUAAUACAGUUUUUCGACAAA